CGGUUCUAUUCCAUGCUACGUGCACAAGUCCAAGUCGAGUUGAAAAGAUCGAACAGCCAACCAGCACCGAAAGCACCGAGGUGGUGGGUGUACGCACACAAACGAAAAACCGUCGUCCACUGGUUUUUCUCUUACUUCACACGAGUCAAGGCACCGUAACACAUCUCAUCUGAGUACGCGAGAAUUUUUCACAUUGUACGCCACGUGAGGAAAAAACUAUGGACAAACCAGUUGUGUUGGCGCGUGUAAUUAAAGUCCUGGGCCGUACUGGCUCGCAAGGACAGUGCACUCAGGUGAAGGUAGAAUUCUUGGGCGAGCAAAAUCGGCAGAUCAUCAGGAACGUAAAGGGACCGGUGCGGGAAGGCGAUCUGCUAACACUAUUGGAGUCCGAACGUGAAGCAAGAAGGCUUCGAUAAUGCUUCAACAUGGACUUUGUUAUUGAAAUUGAACAAUGAUGAUUGCAGAUGACGAACAGUCCACGUGUCCUCUGAAGAUAACAUUGUCGGAACAAGAUCCAAGUUUUGCAUUUAGAAACAUUCCUGUCAGAGCAGAAUUCUACAAUUUGCAAUAAAUUACAACUUGCAAUCACAAA